GUGCAGCUUGGGGGCGGGGCUUGCGCUGCCGUUGGCGGACAGAAGGAGCGGAGCCAGUAGUCGGGUUCGUCCGCCUGAACGUCGUGUGUCUCUGGGUUUCCAACAAAUGGCAACGACCGCAGAAGACGUGCGGGAACCGGCGGACGUCGCCGCGCCGUCCACACACCUCGGCGGCACCCUGCACCACAACAGCAACAACAACAAUAACAACAACAACAAAGACAAAGAGGCGGCGGGGGAGAGCGCGACCUCCGCAGCCUCCGAACCCGGCGGGACGGCGGCGCAGAGCAUCGGCAACGGCUCGGUCAUCAACCCCAACGGGGGGGAUAACGGCAAGUGGGUCCGGCUGAACGUCGGCGGAACGGUGUUCCUCACAACGCGGCAGACCUUGCUCAAGGAGCAAACUUCGUUCCUGUACCGGCUGUGCCAGCAGCAGGACCUGCACUCCGACACGGAUGAGACCGGAGCUUACGUCAUCGACAGAGACCCCACCUACUUUGGUCCCAUCCUCAACUACUUACGGCACGGAAAGCUGGUUUACAACAAGGAGCUGGCGGAGGAAGGCGUUUUGGAGGAGGCUGAGUUUUACAACAUCACGCCGCUGAUCAAGCUGAUCAAGGAGCGGAUCGUAGAGAGAGACUCUAAAGCCACACAGCAGCAGGUACCACCCAAACACGUGUACCGGGUUCUGCAGUGCCAGGAGGAGGAGCUGACCCAGAUGGUCUCCACCAUGUCAGACGGCUGGAAGUUUGAGCAGGUCAGCGUGCGCGCCUGCAGAAAGCCCCGCACCGGACUGCUCUGGACUAUGGUGAACAUCGGCUCCUCCUACAGCUACGGGACGGAGGACCAGGCCGAGUUCCUCUGCGUCGUAUCCAAGGAGCUCCACACGCCCGGGUUGGGUCUGGGAACCGAGCAGAGCCACAAAACCAAGCCGCUGGAGACUCAGGAGGAGGAAGCAGCCAAGGAGGAAGAGGAGGAGGCGGAGGGAGGAAGAGAAACCACGGCGAAUGAGUGGCUGAGAGAAUGAGCGAGUCAUGUUUCUUUGUACCGAAGGGAGGCGGGAAUGGCUUUUCCAGAUCCACGGGUCCCGCAUGUAGGAGCGCCGCCCCCCCAGACCUAUUCCUAAGCCCCGCCCCCUCCGAGAGUCAUCAGCGGACCACCGUCAGAACCCGGACCUCAUUUCAUCAAGACGCAGAACAAUCCUGCUCAGCUGUAGCAACGAAUCGUCAUCCAAUCAUUUCACACAGAAACAACAGAGCUUAGUAAGUCACAACCAAAGACCCACAGCCAGCUGGAGGUCAGAGGUCAGCUCUGACCCGCGGUUCUGACCCGCUGUGCAGCUGCUGACAUGCAGCGUCUGGACCCUGACACGUCCCACUGUGGCGUCUGUCAGUUCUCCAUCCUUCCUCCCCCCAGUGACGGAGGCAGCACUUCCUGUUUUUAUUCAGACGGCAGAUAGAAAAGUAAACAAACCCGUUCAGCAUAAUCGCUUUGUUUCAGCUGUAAUAAAAAAACAAGAUGGAGGAGACGAGACGAGCUGCGUUUCCAUUA